AACACCCGAGAUAGUGUUUCAGAUUCUCCAUACUUGAGCUUUGUAUCAGUAGUGUCGAGUUAGCUUCACUUUACACUUCCACUUGAGGCUUCAGAACAAACUGCAGAACAAGACAGUGUUUACUAAACUUUCAUAAAUAUUAAAAGGCCAGUCCUGCAGUUGAGGAUGGACUACACGUGCUGCUGAACUCAACAAUACAAUAGUUGUUACUUUCUUGUUCAUUCUCUUUGCAUUCCAAAACCCAAAUGGAAAACAUGCACUCACAUUUAGUGCUCUUGUGUUUCUUGGGAUUGCUUCUAAUACCUUCCUUUUGUCAAAGUGAUGACACAACUACAGCUGUGUACAUUGUUACUCUCAGACAAGCUCCUGCAUCUCACCAUCAUCAUGAAUUCAUCACACUGGGUAACAACAAUAGACAUGGUGCACCGGGAAGAAGAACUAGAGUUCACAAACCAAGUUUUUUCAGACAUCAGAAUGUUACAAAGACAGAUAGGAGACAUGGUUCAUACUUUGCCCGAGUUCACGAUUCGUUGUUGAAUAAGGUGUUCAAGGGGGAGAAAUAUCUUAAGCUCUAUAGCUAUCAUUACUUGAUUAAUGGAUUUGCUGUGCUGGUUACCCAACUGCAGGCAGAUAAGCUUUCAAGGAGAAGAGAAGUGUCCAAUGUGGCUUUAGAUUUUUCUGUGAGAACUGCAACCACCCACACUCCAAAAUUUUUGGGUCUGCCACAGGGAGCUUGGUUGCAAAAUGGUGGGUUUGAAACUGCUGGAGAAGGAAUCACUAUUGGUUUUGUUGACACUGGCAUUGAUCCUACUCACCCUAGUUUUGCUGAUGAUAAGUCUGAACAUCCAUUUCCCGUUCCUGCUCAUUUCUCUGGCGCAUGCGAGGUUACUCCCGAUUUUCCAUCUGGUUCUUGCAAUCGGAAGCUUGUUGGGGCCAGACAUUUUGCAGCAUCUGCUAUAACCCGAGGAAUAUUUAAUUCAUCUCAGGACUAUGCUUCUCCCUUUGAUGGUGAUGGCCAUGGCACGCACACAGCUUCUGUUGCAGCUGGAAACCAUGGAAUUCCAGUGGUUGUUGCUGGGCAAUUUUUUGGAAAUGCUAGUGGAAUGGCUCCUCAUUCACACAUUGCCAUUUACAAGGCACUAUACAAGAGAUUUGGAGGAUUUGCAGCUGAUGUAGUUGCAGCUAUUGACCAGGCAGCUCAGGAUGGGGUUGACAUAAUAUGCUUGUCAAUCACUUCUAAUAGGCGUCCUUCUGGUAUUGCAACUUUCUUCAAUCCAAUAGAUAUGGCAUUGCUGUCAGCUGUAAAAGCUGGUAUUUUUGUAGUGCAAGCUGCUGGCAAUACUGGACCAUCACCUAUGAGCAUGUCUUCUUUCAGUCCAUGGAUCUUUACUGUAGGUGCCACCACUCAUGAUCGAGUUUAUAGGAACUCCCUAUGUCUUGGAAAUAAUGUGACCAUACCUGGAGUUGGACUAGCACCUGGCACAUAUGAGAAUACAAUGUUUAAAUUGAUUCAUGCACGGCAUGCUUUGAACAAAAACACAACCGUUGCUGAUGAUAUGUACGUUGGUGAGUGUCAAGAUGCAAGUAAAUUCGAUCAGAAUUUGGUCCAGGGCAACCUCCUGAUCUGUAGCUACUCAGUCCGAUUUGUGCUUGGAAUCUCGACCCUCAAACAGGCCUUAGAAACAGCCAUGAACCUUAGCGCCGUUGGUGUUGUUUUCUCCAUGGAUCCUUUUGUGACUGAUUUUCAGCUUAACCCAGUUCCAAUGAAAAUGCCUGGCAUAAUAAUUCCAUCUGCAAAUGAUUCCAAGAUAUUGCUGCAAUACUACAAUUCUUCUCUGGAAAUGGAUGGGAAUUCAAAUAAAAUUGUUAAAUUUGGGGCUGUUGCUAGCAUUGAUGGUGGAUUGGAAGCAAACUACAAUAAUGAGGCCCCAAAGGUUAUGUAUUAUUCUGCCAGAGGACCAGAUCCAGAGGACAGUCUUCCUCAUGAAUCUGACAUCAUGAAACCCAAUUUGGUAGCUCCUGGAAAUUUUAUAUGGGCUGCAUGGAGUUCUAUUGCCACUGAUUCUGCUGAAUUUCUAGGUGAGAAUUUUGCAAUGAUGUCUGGCACAAGCAUGGCUGCGCCUCAUGUUGCUGGUCUUGCUGCACUGAUUAAGCAAAAGUUUCCCAAUUGCAGUCCUGCAGCCAUUGGAUCUGCACUUUCCACCUCAGCUUCUCUGUAUGACAACAAUGGGAGAUCAAUUAUGGCUCAACGAUCAUAUCCCUCCAUAGACCUAAACCAAUCUCCAGCAACUCCCUUUGACAUGGGAAGUGGUUUUGUGAAUGCUACUGCAGCAUUAAAUCCGGGAUUGCUUUUUGAUUCUAGUUAUGAUGAUUAUAUGUCAUUCCUAUGUGGUAUCAAUGGUUCAACUCCUACAGUGCUAAACUACACCGGUCAAAAUUGCUGGAGUUAUAAUUCCACAAUACAUGGCCCUGAUCUGAACUUGCCCUCUAUCGCAAUAGCAAGGUUGAACCAAUCUAGAUUAGUACAAAGAACAAUCCAAAAUAUUGCUGGGAAUGAAACUUUCAAUGUUGGUUGGAGUGCCCCAUAUGGCACUUCUAUGAAAGUAUCUCCUUCUCACUUCUCUCUUGCCAAUGGAGAGAAACAAGUCUUGUCUGUGAUCUUGAAUGCAAUCAGCAACAGCUCUGUUGCCAGCUUUGGGAGAAUUGGGCUGUAUGGUAAUCAAGGUCAUGUUGUCAACAUUCCUGUGUCAGUCAUUUUCAAAAUCUCAUAAUAACAAGCUAACAGGGUUACUGUCUUUAAUUUCUCUUCUCAGUAAUUCAUUUUGAUUUUGCUGUGUUUUUCUAAUCUAGUCUUUCUUUUAUUGGGUUACAAAAUGUAUUCAGCUAUUUUUUCAUUUGUUAAACUUAGUAGUGUAAAGUUACAUAUGUAUAAUAAUAAAUAGUACUUGGGUCAUAUAGUCUGGUUACAUACCGGACAAAAAAAAAAUGCAAUGAGUUAUUCUUGUCUGGUAUGCACCUAGACUACACACCCUGUCCAAAUUGUUAACAGGGACACUAGAAGUGAUUAGUGUUAAUCCUGAAUUCUUAGAUACUUUGUUGAAUAACUGUUGUUCCAUCUUUAUUUAAGGAAUCAUGCACCUCUA